GAACGCACAACGCUGGUUUAAAAUAAUUGGAUGCAGGUCUAGACGAGAGUCAGACCCAAUCAUCCCGUGAGCACUUGAAUACUGUUCUUCGUGUGCCUCAUCCUCCCGAGCCUGUCAACACUGAACUGUCCGAGGGUGGUGACGCUAAUCAGAUAGUACAUAACAUCGUCGACAUGCUUUGCCCAAGACAGUGUGUAUUCUUUGAGACUUCCUCUGCGCUUCAUCGGGUUUUUUCCGCGUCGAGAGAGAAGCAAAAUAGUUUAGUCUCCUUGUUACUCUCUUAAAGUGUUAGGACCAACAUACCUGCAAGCCGGCCAGUAUAAGUAAUUACGAAUUACAUACUCGAGAUCCUCGAACUGUUUCGCCUACGCUAACUGCCCGUCAUCAGCUAGCCAGACUUAGAAUAACGCUACGUCUGACGUUCUAGUUCUUCCGCCCACUAGCGUGUGGGACAAGAGGCUCACCAGUCACCAGGUCCUGCUGAGAGUCACGCUAGCUUGUGCUGCGAGACACUGACCACGGUCGCAAUGGAGACGAACCCUUUCCGUUCGGAAGAGUUCGUUUGUGACAUUCUGCCAUGGAUCACCACUCUGCCAGCAGACCGGUUCAGGAACCUCGCCCAGAAGAACCACAUUAUCCGGACCAUGGAGAGCAUCAACAGCCUUUCUCAUAUCCGCAUGAUGAACGGGUCCGUGGCGCACAACUUGAAGAUCAUUGCGCUCGCCUCGCCGGGAGAACACAAGGCGUAUCUCGAGGUGUGCGAGAUCAUCCGCCAGAUAGGCUACCCGGAAAAGAGUGACGAGAUGCUCAAGCUCUUGGACAGCCUCAAAGCACAAGCCCUAGAAGUGGCGCAAGGACAGGGCCGUCUCUCACCAAUUGAAUCCGUAUCACCCGAGUCAUCAGUGGCACGGAAGACAACAGCAUCAGGCAAUCCGGCGGACACAGAGAAAGCAGCCGAAUCCCCAUUGCCGUCGGCAACGCAGUUCGAAACUCGUCCACCCUCCCAAAUGUCGCCUACUUCUCCACCGGCUGUGUCAUCGGUGGGGCUGAAGACAUCGGCAUCAGACAUUCCAGCCGCACACACGGCAACUCAACCAUCAGCGGUAAUCGUGUCCCCAACAGCCAUACCAGCACCCGUUUCCGCUCCAGGCAAUGUCUGGCAUGGACCAUCGCCUGUUGAAUCGUCCACUGCCGUGUCACCGACAUCGCCAGCUCUGUCGGCUGUUCCUGGCUACGCUACAUCCGCACUGGCACAAGCGCCGCCGCCGGGAUCAUGGCCAGUAGUGUCUCCUACAACAUUUUCACCUACGACAUCGCCAGCUCUGCCAGUAGUUGCUGGCUAUGCCACGCCGACCACACACGUUGUCUCGCCAGCGUUGCCACCACCAGUAUCAUCCGCAGGGUCAGCGACAAUACGACCAGGCGUUCCAGCCGAAACCAGAGCAGCAAUCCAACCCACGGCCGCCGAAUCACCUACGUGGGCAGCAACUCUGACAGCAGCGUCCUAUCCCGCCUGGGCCCACGCAGCACCCCGACAAUCGCCCAUCAUAUCUCCCACAUUAGUAUCACUGACGACGGCACCGGCUCUGCCACGGGUUGCUGGCUAUGCCACGCCAACGGUGGUGACUGGCUUUCCCCCGCCGUCAGCAGUGCCACUGUCUGUCUCUUCAGCGGGCUCGGGAACACUACCACCAGUGGCAGGCGUAAUGGCGGAACACACAGCAGAGUCGCCAGCGUCCUGGGCCGAAUCCCGAACGCUGACAGCAAUGAGGACAGAACACUUCACCGCACCCGCACAACGGACUCCGGCGCGAACGUCAGGAACGUCGUUGCCUGCUGUACUAUCGCUAAGAGCACGCUCUGGCGGACAGGGACUAUUGCCUCUACCACCGCCCACGAUAAUGGCACCAACAGCACCGGCUCUGCCAGUAGUGUCUGGCUAUGCCACAUCCGCGCCGCCGGCACAAAUACCACCGCCUCCGUCAGGAUUAUCACCAGUAGUGGCCCCUCCUUGUAGUAGUGCUGGCGUGCCACGAUCAACGUCCCCUGCUCUGCCAGUAAUGCCGGAAUAUGCCACAGCGACCGACGUCGUACCCGGCUUUCCGUCUCCCGCAACUGCACCUGGACACAGCGACCGUCCGCUGGGCGUAGACAUGCGGCCGAGCAGCUCCGGCGUCAGUCCCUUUCAAAGUAUCGAGCACCAUCAAGUGCAGCGGAGCCGAGACGGGUAGUGCGGGUAGCAGCUGAGAACUGCAACGACAGUAGUGCCGACCGUGCAUGGCUCUGACAUCACAUUGUAUAAACCCUCUUUUACGUGAAAAAUAAACACAAUUGAAUAUUUUCUCCCCAAAUGUGCCACAAGAUUUCAACUCAAAAUAACUGAAAAUUAGAACCUAAAGUAAACUCUGAAAUCACCAUGACAAUAACGACAGUGGCCCGGCUAGGGGUCCGUGUCUUGUCUGGGUAAAUAAGUGUAGGAACAUCCACCAUUGCAGCGAACACUCAGUCGCGCAUCCCUACUUGUCAGGAAGCAACGUACAUGUAGGUCUAGACGCAUUUGUUGUUGUUGUUGCAACGAACUCAAAUAGAACCUGUUUUCGUUCAUUCGUUAAAAUUUCUUAUGGGUUUGAACCGUUUCUCAGCAAUAGCUCACGCCUCCUCGUAAGCUUAUCGCCAUUAAAAAUGUAUAUUUUCUUGAACUUCAAUCUUAUGUGGUUAGAUUUUCUCCAGCGCUCCUUUUCGGAUCCGUUUUCUCUGCUGUCCUCUUGUCUUUGCACUUGUUACUGUCUCGUUCAUCUGCCGCUAGGGUUUACCAGGUGUUAGCAGCCGUUGUGAGUUCCCUUUGGGAACGGACACGAUAAUUUACUCCUUUUUUUUUGUGUUUCUUUCUUUACUCCCAUUAUGCCUAUUAUUAAAAAAAUCAAGACUAACUCCAUAGUGGAAAUUUUCAGGUCCCGGAAAGGAGAGCGAUUCCGACAAGAAA